CUGACUUAACGUAUCUUCUUUAUCAACCGGUGUUAACAUACUUGGCUAAGUGCAUGGUGAGGACGAGCAUGGACAACGCUAAGGGCAAGCGGUGUAAUAGUUGUUGUGGUGAUUUUACGGACAAGCUAUUAAACCUUUGUCGCUGUUACAGGAAGAACAAAGAUUUGUCUAAUGAAUUAGAGGAAUCUUUGAUCGAUGACGAUCAUCAGCAUACACAGGACAAAGGAUCGAUGUACGGAACAACACCACCAAUGUUACCAUCGCCAUCACCAUCGCCAAUCAAGAAGAGACACUCUAAAUAUAAGCAAACUAUUCGAUCAUGGAUUCCUUGGAAACGAAACGAAUAUAAUAAGCCAACAAUACAAUCGCUGAAAUAUGACGAAGAACGCCUUGAAACUGAAAUAAAAAAGCUACAGAACAGGAUUGAAGAAGAACAGGUGGAAAGACAGACUCUUUUUUCUGAGAAAGAGGGCCUGAUACACGAGUUAGAAGAACUGCGGACAAGGCUGAGUGCUGUAAUAAGUGCGCAGGUGACCGACUCAAACCCGAAUAUUGCCGACUUGAGCGACAAGAAUAGACCAACCCAACUGGCUGAAAGAUACUCGGAACUCUACGAUAAUCAGUGGACCGAAUGUUACGAUGGGUUGACGAAUAUUCUGAAAUGGGAAGACAAAGAAUCUAUGAAAUGGAUAUUGGGCUUAUUUAUUAAUAUAUUCCAAACGUGUGAGGAAAAAGCGUCCAAGGAUUUGGAGCAAUUAAGAAAAAUAUUGAAAGAGUUUCAGUCAGGUACUACAGAAACUUUGAAAACGCUGAAAGACAAGAGAAAGAAAUCUUCGAUGGUACCCAAGGACCAGAUUACGGCUAAAUUGGACGGUCGUUUUGCCGAGAAUAAACAAGCUAUCGACAUAGCAGAGAAUUUUAUCAACGAAAGUGUUGAGCUUUGCUGGCUGAUGGCUGUACAAGACCCACCAGUUUAUGUGGACACUUCCGUCAACACGCAUGGGCAACCGCUGGACACCAACCAUUACAAGUAUUACACACAGAAAGGCGAACUGGUUGACUAUGUCGUUUGGCCUGUGUUGUUUCUCACAAUAGAAGGUCCUUUGCUAUCGAAAGGCAUAGCACAGGGAUUGGUUGAAGAAAGGCAAAGUGAAGAAAACCAAACAAUGAUAAAAGACAGUGGUGAAGACACUCCUGAGAGCACAAAACUUUAGAGCCAAGGUGUUUGGAUUCAUUUUCUACUAAAAGUGAAAUUGCAUUAAAUACAAAGUGAAGAAAACGAUCAAUAAUAGAAGGCAGUGGAGAAAACACUGAAACAAUUGAGAUCACACAGUUUAAGAGCGAAUGCGUUUGGGAUCAUACUCUAAUAGAAAUGACAUUGAAUUAAAUAUCCUAUCAUUAAUUUGUGUAACAUUGUUUCUUAUAAAAACGUUCUAUUAUCUUUGUUAAAACAUUAGUAUUUAUGUAUUCAAAAUUAUCUGGUUAUAUGAAUUUGUGUUUAUUUAUUGUAAAUAAUCAUUCAGUUGUGUUUAUAUUCUUUGAGACCAAAAACACGAACAUGCGUAAGGAAUAAUUGUUGUUAUACAAUGGCAUUUUAUGGCAUAUAUUUUAUGGAAUAUUAAUAAUGGGUACUCGUGAGUGCAAUGGCUGACACAGAGUUUAUAAUGGGAAUUACUUUCUUAAAAAUAUGACCAUGAAUUAUCUAAAAAUAAAUAAUGUCAUGAAAUGUGGAUUUAAUAAUUUAACAUUCGACAGGAGUCAACAAGCCUUGUUCGUUAUAUUAAUCAGUUCGUUUUAUACACAAUCCAUGUAAAAGGAGUUAGUUCGUUAUUCGGAUAUAAGGGACUCCGGAUAUAAUGAACACUUCUGAAGAUCCAGAGGAGUUCAUUGUUUUUGGAGUUUACUGUACAACUAGAAAUUUGGAGACACGAGGAAAUGAUCUGCAGUGAAUUGGCUGCCUUUUGACAAAUAAAUAUCGAUAAAACUGCGCUUCAAUAAUUAAGGAAUGAAUUGCAAGAUUAAUGU